UGCUUAUCGAGAGGGAGUGAGGAGGAGCGAUCGGCUGAGAGUGGGGCGCACUGUUUCUGCAUCGUGUCGAUGGCAAGAAUGCUGGAGCGACGGCGGCGUUGCUGCAAUGACUCUUGGGCGGAGAAGGGACAGGGAUAGAUCCCUUUUACCUGCAGUGGACUCCUACUCCCUUGUAGAGCCACAAAUUAGAAAUUCUCUAGGAAGAUCUCAUGGCAAUAGAUAUCCUUCAUACAAUAGAGGGCUCCCGUUCGCUGGCGAUGAGUAAGAUGACCAUGGGCCCAGAUGUAACCACAAUAGUUUCUCGGAGCUGGGCGGCGAAUUUCAGCGAAUAAGAUGGGCUUCGAAUAAUCACAAGGAGGAAAGGGGAUCCUUACACCAGUUGUCAUCCGGUGAUCAAUUGCUAUUUUUUGGAAAUAUUCCUGUCAAAAUUGGGUUUCAACAACAGCCAUCUAAUAAGCUAAUGGUGGCAGAGACAAAGCAUGAACGAAAUGAGAGGACUUCAAAAUUGGGACUUCUUGAUGGCUCCUUCAAGAGUGUUACAGUUGAUCAAAGUCAGAGUACACAAGACUCUUUACAAGGGUGUUCAUUUACGGCGAACAAUUCAAGCAAUUCUCCUUCGUAUGUUAGAAUUGAAAGUAAAGUUUUAUGCUUCUCUAUUGAUUCUUCAUUCUUACACAUUACUCAAAUCAAGGGCAUCAAGUCACGCACUAUCUCAUUAGAUAAAGACGAAGCAAAUUGGCUACUUAAUUCCUUUCAUUAUAUCAAAUCCGGAGCUUCUUGGGUUUUCACACGAUACGGUAAUUCUCGUAAACUUCAAAUUUCUUUUGAGAAAAAUCAAUUUGGGGGGUUCUUUCGUUUUAUGGAGCUAAAAGGUCAGGGAAAAUCAACUAUUUCUGAAGAUAAAUUAAUUUCUUUAUAUGAGAAAUUAACUUCAAAUUAACUUCUUGGGUUCUUUCGUUAUAUGAGAAAAGACCUAAUUCUGAAGAUAAAUUCAUUGAGGAUGAGGAAAGACCAGAGGAGAAAUUUUAUGGGGUGACUCAAGACUCUAGUACCAUUGAAUAUGAAGCGGCUGAUGAUCCAGAUACUACUGCCACAGUACAAGUAGAUGAGCAUCGAGCUACCUCAAAUACUGCUGCUAUUAAUGCAAUUAAUAGCGAAGAGAGAGAUGCAGUAUUCCAUAAAGUCAUAGAGAAUGGAAUAUCAUCACACAAUCUACCUGAUGCCACCACAAUGCAACAGUCAGUAAAUGAUACUGCCAUAUCUCAGAAAGAGGAACCAUUAGGGAACAUUGUGAGAACCAUUUCUCUAGAUUUUGGUGACUGGACUGCACAAAUAGAGGAUACUGAGAAAGUAGCAGAGGGGUACAUUAUGAAGAAUUAUGCAUUGUUGGAUUACCGGAAGAAUUAUACAGAUUACGGGGCACAGAUUGGUGGGGUGGAUAAAAUUGUUGAGGUUCAACCCAAGUUUCAUGAUGAUGCAAGUAAUUUAGCGCAAAUGAGUCCAUUUCAAGAAUGUAUUCAGUCGGAUGAUACUGGCGGGAAGAUGGGUGCAUGUUCAUGGGAAUGGUUUCAGGUGAAGACUGUCCAGGAGCAAAUACCCGAUUCAUGACCCAUUUGACUAAACGAGGCAACGUCAACUGGUUCUGGUCCAGGUAAAACAGCUUGUGCCAGAACGCACACAUCCCACAUUCUUGUGUGGUGAUUGUUCGGUCUUCCGAGGAAACAAUUUGAACAGAAUUUUAGGAAAAUACGGAAGACCGGGUGUUGAACACAGUUCACACUCAACUUAGAGAGGUCCACCACACCUUGUCCUGUCAUUCUUUUCCAUAACUCGUACCCCACAAGCGUAUCAUAAGCACGAGCUUCGUCAAACAGAGGGAGGCCAAAAUGAUGUGCAAAUUCUCUUUUGGUCAAUGAACGAUUUUCAUUGAGUAAACGAAAGGUGAUGGUGUCAUUUGCAUGAUCAUCAUCAUCCUUUGUAUACACAUAUGAACUAAAGAAUUCAUAAACCAAAUGAGGAUAAGUCACAUAUUGCAUUUCUAGCAACCUAGUCAUUCCAAUUCUUGCAAAUAUAUCACGCAUGAUCACUUCAAUCCAAAGGAGGGCUAGAGUAGUAAUGCACAUGAAUCGGGAUUGUUUUACCUCCAUUUGUGCUUGUCCCUCGAAUAGUCGCUUUUGUGCUUCCGUUGCAAAUUCCACACUUUCAUAGCCAGCUACCGGUGGGAUUGCCCUUGAAGAAGAAGCUUUGGAUUGUUUAGGAGCCAUUGGAAUUGAAUUUUUGUUUUUUGUUUUUUUAAGGGGA